UUUUGAUGCUGUGGGUUUAGUAGUUUAGAGUUUAGUGACAGACUUUUAUCGUCCCAUAUUUAAUUAACUAAUCGACUACCUCUGAAGAAGUUGUGCAAAGUGGAAUAUUUUUAAUUAGUAGAGGCGAAUUAGAAGUAGAUUAUUAGCUAGCAUGUCGUCCUCUUCUCUUCCUUGGGACGACUUUGAUGGCGAAAGUGCCAGUGGUGGUGGCAGUGGGAGUCAAAAUAUUAAAAGUCGAAAACGGAAGGCUAGGGAAAUGGAGGGAGGUGUGGAUGCAGGCUCGACUAGUAAAGUCUGCGUCUCCAAUGAGAUCGCCACUGGGCGACUUUUGCACCACGCCGUCGCAAGCGAUGACAAUUUCCUCCUUCUCAUCAUGAACGUCAUGUCGAAUUCUGACCUGAGGCAGAUCGCCAGAGUAAAUUCAGAUUGGUGCAGCAUGGCGUAUCAGGUACUUCGAAGUCGCGUUGGGAAUCGACCCUUCCAUCUUCUCUGGACAGAUGGGAGUGGAAUGCCAUUAAUUUGGAGGAAUCAUUUUCACCCAAGUUUGCUCUUCAAGCCGUGGGACUUAGUGGGGGCAGAAAAUUCUGCGAUUAUUCAGGACACGACUCACUGGGAUAAAUUGAAAGCGCAAAAUAAGUUUCAAGAUGUUGAGGCGAUUAUCAUUUGUGGUAAUCCAAAAGUGGAGGAUUUGUAUAUUAAUGCGGAAGCUGAGGGAGACAAACUCCCUCAUGUGAAAACCUUAAUUCUCGUCACUGCUCCCAUCGUUUUCUUUUCUACACACAAUUCCGAGAUUGUCGGCGAUAGCCGCUCGGGUAUUCAGCAUGUCUGGACAGAAGGGAUAACUUCAGCUGGAGGGGCACAUCGAUUUAAACACGUUUUGGCCAGUUUAUGCAUUCCAAAAUCCUCGCACUUUAGCCUUGACUGCAUUUCAGUGAACUCGGAUCCAAAUCUGUGGCCCUCGAAAUCUCCCCAGUCAAACUCACCGGGUUUAUGGACAAAGGCGAUUGUUGUCUUCCAAUGUUUUUCUGAAUAUGACAUGAACAACGUUGUAGAACAAAUCUUGGCAGAGUCUUUCACAAACGGUGCUCCUGAAAUUUCCGUGACCUCUGUGGAAUGCACGUUCACCACGUCAAACGAGUCAAACGAAGCCCUACUCGGUACAAUCUUGGUUUUUAAGGGGGAUAACUAUGUGUCCUCAAUUGUCGUGGACAUUACAGAAUCUGACGUGAAUUACUUGAAGCCACAAUUUCACCAGAUUUCUGGAUUUAUUGGGAACAAUCAGUUUGCCUGCUUCGCUCUCCUCUUUUCCCAAUGUCCUGUUCAUCCCGGGACGGACAAGUUUAGUUCAGAAAACGAAAUUAAAUUUAUGAAACAGUUUCGACAACAGUUUCCCCACGUUCCUAUUCAAGGCUUUGGAGGUGAGCGUCCAGUUCGCAGUAAUCUCAUAUUCUCUCCAAUCGUCGACAUCGACGCGCUAUUGGCCCGUGACAUGGGUCACAUGCAAUGCAAGAUGGACGAUGAUACCGCCGUGGGCAGGACCCUAAUGAGCAUUCUGCUUGUGAAAUAUCCGCUCCAGAAUUAAUGAUUCUUACACUAGAACUGUUUUGAUGUCGUAAUUUCUACAAAAAUUGCUGUCAAUCUUAACCUGACGACGUAAACUGUAUUAUAAGUCUUCCCACCCAGUAAUUUGUUUUUGAAAUUCUCUCCCUCGUCCCGACGCAAUAAUUUUCUGUUUUGAUAUCGUAACUUCUAUAAUAACUCUUGUUAAUGUUAACAUUUGUAACUUUUCCCACCCAGUAAUUAGUUUUUGAAUGGACACGAUCCAUGACUUGCCUUAUCUUUGGUAAUUUUGAUUUGACGACUUUUAAAAUAUGAAUUAUUAAAAAAAUAUAUAUCCUUUAAAAAAGCA